GAUCCACUGUAAAUUUCGAGAAUAGGUUGGGCUGUGCUUUGUAUUUUUUAAGUAUGGUUUUUAAAAUUACGUGUAUAUCUGUAAAGUUCUCAAAUAAUUACGAUGGUCCACACAAAAAAUAUUGUAACAGUCUGAGCCAUGAAACUCCAGUCCGUCUCUUCCCCAAAAAACCCCAAAACCAAAACCCAAAAUCCCAAUUUCUCUGAGGUUGACCGGACUCUCCUCUUCUCCGACGAAAUUCUUCUCAGAAUCCUCGCCAAGCUGCCUGAGUCACAACGCGACGCCAACUCGCUCGUCUGUAAAAGAUGGCUCGUCCUGCAAGGUCGCCUGGUACGGUCUCUCAAGGUUUUGGAUUGGGGCUUUAUUCAGUCGGGUAGGUUAACGUCUAGGUUCCCAAAUCUAAUUCAUGUCGAUUUGCUUUCUGGGUCUCUGAUUUCGACCCGAAAUUCGGACAUUUUGCUGAACCACAAAGUGUUUUCUAUACACAUCGGUUCUCGUUUUUCGCCGGAGGCCGAAGCUUUCCAAACCCAUUUGCUUCCACCCGAGGUGAUUGAUAGAGGACUUCGAGAAUUAGCCAGCGGUUGCCCUAAUCUUGGCAAAGUGGCACUGGUUGGUGCUACUGAACUGGGUCUGUUGAGUUUAGCUGAAGAAUGCUCGACUUUGCAAGAUCUGGAAUUGCACAAGUGCAACGACAACCUCUUACAUGGUAUAUCGGCGUGUAAGAAUUUGCAAAUACUCAAGUUGGUUGGCAAUUUAAACGGGUUUUAUAGUUCAGUGGUUUCGGAUAUUGGGCUGACAUUUUUGGCUCAAGGGUGCAAGAGGCUAGUUAAGCUUGAGCUCAAUGGCUGUGAGGGAAGCUUUGUUGGGAUCAAAGCUAUUGGGCAAUGUUGUCAAAUGUUGGAGGAAUUGAUUAUUUGUGAUCAUAGGAUGGAAGCUGGGUGGUUGGCUGCACUUCCAUAUUGUGAGAAUCUGAAGACUUUGAAGUUUCUGUCUUGUAAAAAGAUUGAUUCUAGUCUGGAACCAGAUGAUUAUCUGGGUAUAUGUCCAGCUCUUGAGCGUUUACACUUUCACAAGUGUCAACUAAGGGACAAGAAGACAGCGAGUGAUUUGUUUACCUUAUGUGGGGCUGUUAGGGAGAUUGUCUUCCAGGACUGUUGGGGAUUGGAGAAUGAUGUGUUCAUUGUGGCAAGCAUUUGCAGGAGGGUGAAUGUCCUAUCUUUAGAAGGAUGCUCAUUGCUAACAACAAAUUGUCUAGAGUCAGUGAUCCUUUCGUGGAAGGAGAUUGAAAGUCUCAAAGUAGUUGGGUGCAAAAACAUUAAGGACGGGGAAAUCUCUCCUGCAUUGUCUACCUUAUUCUCCAUCCUUAAAGAGUUGAAAUGGAGACCUGACACCAAAUCGCUUCUUGCAUCAAGUGUCAUUGGAGCUAACAUAGGAAAGAGAGGUGGUAAAUUUUUCAGAGGAUUUUAGACCAUAACUUGUUACCUUUGGAUCAAAGCUUACUGCACCUUUGAUCUUGAUCUCCAAUCUGCAUACACAGAUAAUAAAGUUGGACGAUCCUAAAGGGUCUUCUUAUGAAGAUGGAGGAAGAUCAUGCUUCAUUUUCAUGUAAACCAUAGAAAGAAAAAGAAAAAAGAGACAAGGAAUGUAAUGUAAUUGCAUUACAUUUGUUGUACUACUUAACUCGAGCUUUGCAGAUUGCAGCCCAAGUCAUGAUAAUUUCGUUUAAGUAACGUUAGUUUUUACAAUGUAUAAAUGUGCCCAUAACUUCUGUAGACUUGCACUUAGAGUGCAUUAUAGAGUAGUUAAAGGAGCUAGAGAAUUAGAGUUUUACUCUAGAACAAAAAGAAUUAGUUUUUACUGAGAAAAUAUGUUAUAUGUGAAGUGUUGUCAAUUUAAAUGGAUGAUGAAUUCAAAUCUUGAUCGCUUCUCGAAUUAAAGAUGAAUUGUGCUCAAUUUUUGAGCUGA